AUAGCAACGGCGUCACAACAAAGCAACGCUUGCUGAAUCACGCACAAAAAAGUUUCUUUACUAAUUUGCCCUGCUUAUUAUCUUUCAAAGAAAUGCUAAGUUCCCGUUACUAUUCCGCGUCCCGGAUCGGCACGGAUGCGAAGCCCCGGACCGCGAUGGUGGUAGAUGAAGAGGAUGACCUGUAUGCGGGGUUCAACGAAGUCAGUCCCGCCCUGGAUACGCGGGCGCUGAGGGAAGAUCAAGAGUUUCAGGAGGCCCUGAAGACUGCCAACAUCGGGAGGAAACUGCCCAGUAGAAUGGGCACCGGGCUAUUCCGUGAGGGCACAGUAAGCCUGCGCAUGGGCCGGUCGCGCGCGGGCACGGCCGGCGCUCGGCCAAUGACGGCCGCGCGCGCCGCCGGGUACACUUCCGCUUCCGCCGUCACGCCCAAUAGGAGCGAGCCGAAGGAAGAAACUGUAGAGGACAAGGUGAGGCAGACGGAGGCGCGCAUCAUGGCGCUGGUGGAGGAGGCGUGCGUGCUGAGCGCCCCCGCCGCCCAGGACGCGCCCCGGGGGCAGCACGACCGAGCCAAGGCAUUAUCGAAAGCGCAAGAGGCGUCGACCCUGGAGCGGCAGCUGAUCCGCAUGCAGGAGCAGGCCAACCUGGGCGACUCGCACAACCUGGAUCUCACCUUCGCUGUGCUCUGCAACUUGGCCGGUCAGUACGCGCUGAAUGAAAUGUACACAGAAGCAUUGAAUACGUACCAACUACUGACACGAAACAAACUGUUCCCUCAUGCUAAUCGCCUCAAGGUGAACAUGGGAAACAUCUAUUUUAAGAUGGGUGAACAUCCCAAAGCGUUGAAGUUGUACAGAAUGGCUUUGGACCAGACACCUACUGCUGAGAAAGAUCUAAGAAUGAAGGUGAUGCACAACAUCGGGCUGCUGCUGGUGCGCAUGGGCAAGUUCCGCGACGCCGUCACCAACUUCCAGCACAUCAUGCACGAGCAGGGGGACUUCCAGACUGGUCUCCACCUAGUGCUGUGUUCCGUGGCACUGAACGACGCGGAGGGCGGCAAGGCGGCCUUCCACGCCAUGCUGGACGUGGAGCCGCCCGCCCACCACCAGGACAUCGCUAUUGACGAUGAGAACGACGCCUUCGAAGCAGUCCUACGCGAUGUGGCGCGCGGCGACCGGCUGUCGCGCUGGUCGCGCCGCGCCGCCGCCGACGCCGAGCGCUGUCUCACUCUGGCCGCCGCCGCUCUCGCUCGCACCGGGGACUCGGAUGCCAGGUCUGACUCAUCUACUGGUAUGUCGUGGUGCGUAGAAGCUCUCCGCGGCUACGAAGCGGGCGGCGCCUCCGGCUCGGGCGCCGGCGCUAGACUCGAAUCUAGCGCUGCUUUAGCAUCGCUGCGUACUACGGGCAUCCGAGCGGCUAAUGGAGCUAAAGCGCUGCAGCGCCUGAAAGCGGUCGCGAGGGCUCACCCGAACGAUCGAGUGGCGGUGGCUGAAGCGAAUGCUGAUGCCGCAUUUGUUGCUUAUGCUCUGGGCAACUACAGCGAAGCAUCAACCCUAGCUGAGGCAGCGUGUCGCAGUGACCCUUAUUGCGCCGCGGCGCGAGUGACCGCCGCCCUGGCGCAGGCCAAGAUGGCCGCCGACGACCCCCGAGAGAGCCUGGCCAGUGUGGCCGAGGCUUUAGCACAGGCCAGCCAUUUAGAUCCCGCUGAUUUGAUUGCUAUGCAUGAUUUAGCGCUAUCCCUAGAAGCGACAGGCUCGGGCACAGAGGGCGCGGCGGCGCGGUGGGCGCGGCUGCGGGGCGCGGGGGGCGCGGGCCGCACGCUCAAGAGCUUCGCGAGCGCGGGCCUGGCGCGAUCAGUGGCCGCACAUGACCCGCAUACUGCUGAACACUGGUACAGUACAAUAGGCGGGUGGGACGCGGGCGUGGCGGGCGCGCUGGCGCGGCUGCACGGGGAGCUGGGCGACGCGCCGGCCGCCAAGCAUCACUACCAGGACGUGGAGGCGCUAUGGCCGUGCUCGGUGUCGGCGCUGCAGUGGCUGGGGGCGGAGGCCCGCAGCUCGGCCCCGGCCGCCGCGCUGCAGUACUACCGCCGCGCCGCGCGCCUGCAGCCUAGUAAUCCUCAGUGGGGCCUGUUAAUAGGGGCCUGUCUCCGCGCCAGUGGAAACUAUCAGGAGGCACUCACCGUUUAUAAGAAAAUGAACGCGAGGUUUCCAGAUGAUGUGCAAUGUUUGAAACUGAUAGUGAAGCUGUGCGGCGACCAGGGCCUCUCGGAGACUGCCUCUUGGAGCCGCGAGCUGCAGCGCGCGCAGGCCCGGGCCAAGCAGCAGGAGAGAGCGACAGUGCCGUCUGCUGGGAGCGGUUCUUCGGGCAAUAGCCAAUCACCGAUCGACUAUAUCAAAGGUUCCCGCGUGGACAGCGCCCAACUCAGCCGCAGUGGGCUGUCCACCGGCAGCUCGGGAACGCCCACCCCCGCGCCCCGCGCCGCCGCACACACCCCCGCCUACAGGUACGCUGAUAGUGCAGCAGACAAGAAGCCGUUGAGCCGGUCUAUGAGCCGCCCAGACGUCAGGAAGAAGAAAUCCGAAGAUUUUGAUGACGACCUGCCACUGCCACCGGAGUGAAUCCAUAUACCUACAUCUACACGUUCUUAAAAUAUUAAGCACUGAACAAUGAAAGGUAUUUAUUAAUGCUAUUUAUGUGUAUGAAACUGUACUUUUUGAUAAUGACGUAAUUUAAUAUUGUAUGUAGACUAUUUAGAUACGUAAUAAGGUCAUGAAUAAAUGUGUUGCAAUAAUAACUACUUUGUGUUGUGUCGUGCGUCGUCGUAGGUCAGUUUUACGAAAUAACAGGGAAAUGGAAUUAAAGAAAAAUCGAGUGUGUAAAAGGUAUUCUAUAUUUAUAAAUAUUCAAUGUUGAACAGACUCAUUGAUACAAGACUAGAAACAUAUAUUACAUUGCAACAAAAUAUCACACAUUCAAAUGAAUGUUGCUAAACCAUCUAUUUUGAUCCGUCUGUGUAUAAAUAUAUUUUUUGUUAGGAAAUUAUAAAAAGUGCUCAGAUAAAGAAACAACAAUUAUGCAGAUAAAUGGCAGACGGAAACAUGCUAUUUCGCCCUAUUCGUAGGUCUGCCAAUACCUCUUCCUCUCUUCGUUAAUACUUCUACGUUAAGUAACAGCCACCAUUUUGAUUUUGUUUCUUUACAUGAGCGCUUUUUAAGCGGUGAGACACUAUUGUUACAUAACGCUCACACGAGCAUUAUACUUGAAGUAUAACUGUUAAUAGUUCUUAUUUCCUUAAUGUGACGGUAGCAAACACUAGAGUUGGACUAGCGUUUUUCAUUGUUAUAAGCUGAACACAUGGUUUACAUAAUGGCCCGAAAGGAUGUUAACAGAAUCGAUCGAUUCACGCGUAAGCGUCUUUCUUUUAUGGGAUUGCCUUUUGUACCAUUAAAUACCUACCACCAUCAAUGAAACACAUUGGCUCAAUGGGAUUUUCAAUUCGUAAAUCGAAGUAAGAGAG